GCAGAGGAAAACGCCAUGGGCCACAAGUCGACUCUUAACCACAGCGUAAUCCUGGAAACUCCCACCCUCUGCUAUGCAUCUGUCACUGGAUCGUGCCUAAAGACUGUUUACCCGAAGGAGGUGCAGUCAGUGCUCUAUGUUUUAUUUGGCUUUGUAUCACUUCUCACAUUUUUGGGAAACUUGUUGGUGAUCAUAACCAUCAUUCAUUUCAAGCAGCUCCACACACCAACUAACUACCUCGUUCUCUCUCUGGCUGUAGCUGACUUGUUUAUUGGAGGACUUGUGAUGCCUCCUAGUAUGAUACGCUCUGUGGAGACCUGCUGGUAUUUGGGGACAUUAUUCUGUAAAAUACACACCAGUCUUGAUGUCACAAUGUCUACUGCUUCUAUUUUAAAUCUGUGCAUAAUUUCUGUAGAUCGAUAUUAUGCAGUGUGUCACCCUCUUCUGUACCACAGUAAAAUGACUACAAAUAUGACUCUAUUUAUGAUUAUUGUUAGUUGGACCCUCUCUGUAUUUGUGGGUUUUGGCAUGAUAUUUCUGGAGCUCGGUAUUCUGGGAGUUGAAGAUUUUUACUACAAUAAUAUUGCCUGUGAGGGGGGCUGUGUCCUGUUUCUCAGUAAAACAGCAGGUGCUGUGUUCACAGUGCUCUGUUUCUACAUCCCUGCUGUUGUGAUGGUCAGCAUAUACCUGAAAAUAUUCCACAUUGCUCAAAGACAAGCACGGGUGAUUCAGUGCAGCCAAAUCAAGACUCAACAACACACAGUGAGAAAGACUGAGAUGAAGGCUACUAAAACAUUAGCAAUUGUCAUCGGGGUUUUUCUUGUAGUUUGGACCCCAUUUUUUAUUUGUGCUUUGAUUGAUCCUUUUAUUGGGCAUGUAAUACCACCCAUUUUGUUUGACUUCUUUACUUGGGUUGGCUAUGUCAAUUCCACAUGUAAUCCUGUUGUGUAUGCAUUCUUUUAUAGCUGGUUUAGAAAGUCAUUUCGAAUUAUUCUCAUGGGUCAAAUAUUUCAGUCUGAUUCAUCCAGAAUAAAAUUGUUUUGAGUAUCUGUAAAA